GUAGAUUUGAUUGACCGCGUCCAUCAUGUGCAAGGAAUAGUCCUGCUGCCUCGCCCCUCGUCGUCGAACAAGAAUCUGGGGGAGUCCCUUUGCCCUUCGUGCCGGUAAAAAGGCGAUAGACUGGAUGAAGAUGGGAACAGUUCGCCUGCCAGGAUAGAAUCCAUGGUGGUGGUCUUCAGUCAAAGCUACACCCAUCGGUUGGCUGGGGAUCCUCUCGAUGGUAUAUGCCUACGCCGUCUUUAUCGGGACGGGGUAUGGGUGCGUGUCAGACCCAACUCCGUAAGCCGUUUCAAAAGCUCUAACUUCCUGCCGUCAACCAUGCCGCAUCCCCGUCUUAUGCCUCAUCCAUUCUGAUCCAGGACGAUAUCCCACCCCAGUUCCGAUAGGGAUACAGCAGUCCCCGCGCUCCAGCAGAUCCCACUGAGACCACCUCCAAUUCGGCAACACCUUGUUUCGCCUUUUGCGGUCUUUCCAGAUGGGUUCAUUGGCAACCGCUGAGCUUUGCGAUGCAAAUGCAUCGCUUCUGGCGAAGGGGGAGCUGCGAGUUCUUCAACCAUCGUUUCAAAUGUACGGGCAGUGCCGAGCAUUCUGUGGACCCAUAGUGACGCUGAAGGUGUUCGAGGACAAUGUGUUGGUGAGGGAGGUGCUGGAGGCGCCGGGGGAUGGGCGGGUUCUGGUGGUAGACGGUGGUGGGAGCAUGAGAUGCGCCUUGGUGGGAGGGAACCUGGGGCAAUUAGCCCAGAACAUGGGAUGGGCAGGGAUUGUGGUGAACGGGUGCAUCAGAGAUGCGUAUGAGAUCAAUGGCUGUGACAUCGGGGUCAGAGCGCUGGGAUGCCAUCCCCUCAAAUCGAACAAGAAGGGUCUCGGUGAAAAGCAUGUCACUGUUAACAUCGGGGGCACCAUCAUCCACGAUGGUGAAUGGCUAUAUGCCGAUAGUGACGGCAUUCUUAUUUCCACUAUCGAGCUGUCUCUCUGAUCUUUUUUUUAUGUGAAUCACCCACUCACUUAUAUAUGUGGACACGCACGGUAAGAAGUUUAGCUCGUUUCUGCUCUCUCUGCUGAAACAACGACCGACGAUAAUACUAGUAAUAUGUAUGUCCUGUUUAACUUGUAAAUCUUACCUCCCGUCCCGUUUUUAUGGUUCUUCCGUCGUUUCUCUGUGAA